AGAGAGGAAGUAUACCAGGCUGGCCUGAGAAAGUCGCGCAGUUCUGAUCCUAGAAAGAAAAUACCUGCAUCAUGAGUUCUGCAACAAAUGGAGAAACUAUAGUAGUGAAGACAGGAGCAGCUGCUGCUUCUGAUCCAGCUGCAGUGAAAGCAGAGUGGAAGUGCCCCAUGGGUGAUCGACACAUCUAUAGGGACGAUGUGAGGAAGAUUUGGAAAGAGUGCCAUGAGGAGAGCUUCUGGUACAGAGCUCUUCCACUUUCUCUGGGUAGCAUGGCCGUCACGGGUGGUCUCAUCUACAAUGGUGUUUGGAAACGAUCAAAGCAGUUUGGUCCUUUUCCAAAAUUAAUAGUUGCCGGGAUCCUCGGUUACGCAGUGGGAAAAGCAUCUUAUGUUGGAACUUGUCGAAGCAAGUUUCAGAAAAUUGGCAUUGAGGGGGGACCCUGGUCUGAGGAGGGGCGCUUUGGACCUUUUAAUAAGUCCGGUCAAGGACACAGAUCCUGCCACCAUGUGUGUGAAGAAUGUAAGAAAAAAGCUCAAGAUGCACCUGCAGAACUAGUGAAAAGCUAGAACCUCACCAGAAACACUGCAGUGCAGAUGUGGAUUCACAGUUGCGGCUUUUCCGUUUCUUUAAUAUCAUAAAUACUGCGUAUAGGUUGUCUAAUGUAUCUGUUGCUUGUUUUUAUAUAUUGCACACCUUAUUCAUUUAGGAGAAACAAUGUAUGGAACUGCCACUAGGGGGAGCUGCUACCCUUCAGUAUACUUAAGGUCCUUUGUUAUGUAUUUCCACUUUAUUUUCUGGAGUGCACCAAUGGAAUAACAGGCAGGGCAAGUUUAUUUUAAAGCACAAUUCAUACACACAGGCAGCUCAAGGUGCUUUACAUAAUAAAGUUUUGAAAAAGACAGGUAAGAGGGAUACAUGUGCAUACAGCGUCUUACAUAAAUGAGUUAAAGGCACAUUUUUCAUCAAUAUCAAAACAGAAUAAAUAUUGCCUUGAAAAUGAAACAAGUAGUCUGAAUUUCUCACAAUUUUUAGUACAUUUACAAAUGAGCAAUGUAGGACCGACCAACAUACAAAAUGUUUGGAAAUGUUAUUGCCGGUACUUAAAAAAUAAUGAUAGCCCAUACAUUGGAUUAUCUUGACUAAAGAAAAAAAUCAUCAGCAUAUUUGUCUAAAAUCUUAUAUGUGCAACUAACAGCACAUUGUUUACAUGCAAUAACCAUAGUAAACACCAUCUGUUUGGGGACAGGUGACUCAGCAGAAGGUCUUGGAGAGUUUCAGCUGUUUAAGUAAAAUAAACUUCACCUGUCAUUCUAUUUUUAAUCUGUUCUUAGAAAAACAAGCUUCUUUUAGGUGUUUAAUCACCCCACUUACAGUAUUUCUGGUACAGUAUGCACAAUAUAUUAGGACAAACUUGGAGAUAUGGUACCUACAGAGACUAUAGACUGCUUCAUCGUGUUUUGUUUUCACUUUUUGAACAGUAAGCAAACUAGUCAAAGUUUGGAGUGUUUCUUAGUACAGAAGCAGAUCUGUGAUUUGAGAAGUGACACAGCAGAGCUCUGAAUGGGCUGAACUGUCUACUCGACCUUUUGGAGAGUCCUGUUGGGACACGAUUACAGAAGCGCGGCCUAAAUAUAAAUAAAUGAACUGACAUGGCUGUCUUCAUGCCGACUUAUUUAAACUGAAGGCCUAUGUCAAAUUACAUAUGGUUGUAUACUUGAUAUAUAAGUAACUCAAAACUUAUUGAGACCCAGUCCAUUUCCGUAUUUAUUUGACACUAUGUAGCUACACUUUUUUUGUGUAGUAGUCCUUAUAAUUGUCCUCUGGUGUGACAACACUUGUCAUGAUGUUUAAUUUAGGGAUUGAGAUAUGUGCUGCCACUGUCGGAGAUCCGCUCUGUCCGAGAUGCACGCUGCCAGCUUCCGUUUCGGAAAAGUUAGUUUGGCUUCACAAAAGUCAAUCGAAAACACAAAAAUGACCAGUUAAAGCAGCAGUAGAGCAGCAGUUUUCUGUGUUCAGUGAGGUAAAAUUCCUGUUUUUGUCAGUGCAGUCUGGCUUUGAAGAGAGCAAAGGUGAGCUCCACUUUUAGUCCCAUCAGCAAGGGAAAAAAAGAUACUUGGAUUAUAGUGCAUGAGCUGUGUGACAGUUUGUUUUUUUAAUAUAGUUUUGCUGAUGUUAAAUUUGGAUCUCUGUGACUUAAAAUCCUCAAUAAUUUUCUUUGUUUUGGGAUUCUUCAAUCACCAGCUGCUAGUUUCACAACCUCAGAUAAACUGAUGACGAUGGAUGGAUGGCUGGAUAAUGUUAUGUUUAAAAUGAUGUUACAGUA